AUGAACCCCUCAAAUGUUCCCUCCUCCAUUGAAUCUGUUGAAUUAUCCAUCACAAAACUAAUCAAAAAUUACCACAGAAAGCUUGAAUGGAAGAACUUGUUUAAUAUUCCUACACAAAUAACCCUGAACAAAGCGCCAUGGAGAAAUUGCCUCGUUGAGUUUUUAGAAUCAACCAUGGUUCGCGUAGUCACAAUCAUUCUGCUACUUGUCGAUCUCAUUGUCACGAUUCUUGAACUUUCUUCUACAUUGCUGUCUUGCACACCUGAAAAAAAGUACCAUUUAGAGCAAGUUUGGUACCAUUGGGUAGAGAUUGUUAUAUUAACUCUACUUUCUGUUAAAAUAGUUGGUUUAGCAAUAGGACUAGGCAGCUCAUUCUUUAGCCGUCCGGGCUAUGUGAUUGAUGGAGUUGUUGUGAUUGGAGCGAUGAUUUUGGAAAUAUUUUUUAAGGAAAAAGGAGGUGGGUUGAUUGUUGUGGUGAGUUUGUGGCGAGUUCUAAGAUUGGUGGAGAGUGCAUUUGAGUUGAGUGAUGAGGCAAUUGAGGCACAAAUUGAAGUUAUUUUAUGCCAAUUUGAAGCUCUUAAAGAUGAGAAUAUCAAACUUAAAGAGAUGAUCGGUGAGAAAGAUAAGGUGAUAAAAGAGCUCCAAGAAGAAUUGGAUCAGAUUAGACGUGGUGAUAAGAUUGGUGGAUUUGGUGAGUUUGGUGAGUUUGAGCUUAAGGAAGAUGGGGAUUUAGAGAGUGAAAGGCUGGUAGUAUCGAGGUUACCUUAUAAAUGGCUUAAAGGGCGAAUUGUUGAAGUCGAUGAGUUAUCACCAUCCUUGGAAUGUGUAGCUGAUUAUGGCUAA